UGAAACCAGGAUAUUUGCGCGAUGACCAAGGUCGUCGUCUCCGAGGCGCGCGUCCGCGACGACCUGCGGUCCGUGCGCAGCUUCGAGGUCGGGCUGCUGCUCGGCCACGCAGCCAGCAUGGACGUCAUCGUCAUUCAUGUCCCGACGCCACCGGAAAACGCAGCUCGCGCAGCGUCGAGGCUCGCCGACGUGUCUGUCGACUGGAUGUCUGCGCAUGCGAAGUCCGUGCUCUGUAUGCUUCCUGGUGGCAUCGACUGCCUUGGGCUGUACGUGGUCACAACCGAGGAUCCCCACGCACUGCUCCCGUGCUACAUGUGUGCGCUCCAGGCGAUCGUGGGCUCGACGACCGAUGGCUUGUACAUGCUGUGCGUCUCGCCGACGAGCUCUACCAUGACGAGCAAGCGCUUCCAGGCGCCGUCAUCGUUUGUCGAGGCCCGGCUCCAGUGGCAGUCGGUCGAUGGUCUCUUGCGACGCUACGAGGCGGCGGUCCGCAUCGACGUGCGUCUGCCGAGCCUCGAGCCUGCAGCCCUGCUGGCGCACGUGGCGCCACUGCUGACGCACGCGAUUCCAGUGGCCGGUCGCGAUCCCGGACGCGUCCACUUUCUGGAGCGAGUGUCGACCAAUGAUCUAUCAGCUGUCGCCGCAGCUACUCGGCCAUCGACGUCACCUUGCCGUGGGUUGCACCUCGAAGGUUCUGUCACUUGCUUGGCGUAUGCACUCGAGAGCGCGCCGCUGGGCGACGCGCUACGAAGCGACUUUGAGCGGACGAUGGCGCGCCGCGUCGCGCUCUUGGAGUCCGACAUGAACGACGUCAGCAGCUGUCGUCGCACUUGGCCCGGUGACCACCCGCGCAACGUGGCAGUGGCUCGGCGAGCGCAGUUUCGAUGGCCGCGAAGUGGGUUCCUCACCGGCAACGUGCAUCUCUUCACGGACGACGAUCUGUCCGACAGCGCCCAUGCGAUCGCUGAGCUCUUGACCUCACCCACGCCCGUCGGGCUGCAAUGGGUCGAGAACGAAGCCAGCCUGCUCGUGACCAACAAGCAGCCAUCAAGGACGACACCGCGCGUCAGAGCGUGGCACCCCUCGCUCUUUCUGGCCCUCUUCGCGGCCGUCGUCGCGACCCUCGUUGCAUGUUGCGUUAAUUGAAGUCAAACGCGUGUCGCUGG